CGUGCGCUUGUGCAAUUGGUUGACAAGAGCGCAGUGCGCUGACUGUCCUCCGAACAACGAGAGGCUGACUGCUUAGUCGUUCUGGAUUUAAAUGACCUGUAAGCAGUAUCAGUAGGUUGGACAGGACAUCCUUACACUAUUUCAUCAAUUGCAGGUAGAGCCCACCUGACCCACGACCCAUCAGAAGACUAUCACCAAGAGCCUGGUCAGCAGCCUGGAGAAGCCAUGGAGCGGAAUGAGAGGUCCACCCCCGUCCCUGGCAAAGAGAAAGAGGUGGAUAUCAUCAAUAUCAAGGGCAUCGAGGACAUAGGCUAUGUUCAGCCGGAUUCCAUACUCCUGAACUGCCUGACACCUGAGGAGAACACAGGAUGUCAGCAUGGCCUGUACUUCCAGGAUGGAGAGAGGCGGGUGGAUUACAUCCUCACCUACCACAUCAAAAAGCCCAGCAGCUCGCGCUCCAAUCGACAGUCCUCCCGCUUCACUGACAACGCCUUUACACGGAGCCUCCGCCGCGGGACAGCCAGGCUGGGGCGAGCGCCACCCCCUCAGCCCAGAGGUGACCCGGAGGUGGCCUCCCAAGACCACAGCAUGGACUACCACGUGGACGACAAGCGCCUCCACCGGGAGGAGUUUGAGGGCAACCUGAGGGAUAUGGGCAUGGAGCUGGAGAAGGAUGAGGAUACUAAAACUCCAGGUGUGGGCUUUGUGAAGAUUCAUGCUCCAUGGCAUGUGCUCUGUCGAGAGGCGGAGUUUAUGAAGCUCAAGAUGCCCACAAAAAAAGUAUAUGAAAUGAAGCAGAGUACGGGUGUUGGGGCGAAGAUCAACACAUUGGUAAACAAAGCGACAGAACCUCUCUAUCCCAACGUGGAGGAUAACAGGACACAAAAUGUUAAGCAUCUCUCCUACAUGUUCUCCAGAGAAAAACAACACUUGUGA